GCCAUGAAAAAGAAAAGUUUGCUUUUCCAACAAGGCUCACAGAGACAAGAACACUUUGCUAGCUGAGAUGGAACUGUUUCCUGCAAUUCUUAGCCUAAAACUAUAUAUUGAUCAGUUCAUUGAGAAAAGUUGUGACCAGCUAAGAGAAUUUGCUACAAGGAAUGGAAUUAGCUCAUAGCUUAUUGCUGAAUGAAGAGGCAUAUAGUCAACUAAGUGAAGUUCAGAAGGCUGAGUUUAUUUUUGAAUGGUUGAGACACUUGGAGAAGCUCUUGAUAGCAGCUAGCAGGAAUGAUUUGAAGGAGAAACAGAAGAUUCUUGUUGAACAGCUCCUGUCUUUGUUAAACAGUUCUCCUGGGCCUCCUACUCGCAAACUCCUUGCAAAGAAUCUAGCCAUACUUUAUAGUAUUGGAGACACAUUCUCUGCUUAUGAAACAAUUGAUAAAUGUAAUGAUCUUAUUCGUAGCAAAGAUGACUCUCCAAGUUAUCUUCCCACCAAACUUGCUGCUGUGGCAUGUUUGGGUUCCUUGUACAAGAAAUUGGGCAGAAUAUUGGGUGACACCUUUCAUGAUACAGUGGGGAAUAUUUUGAAAGCUAUGAAAAGUGCAGAGUCUCAAGGGCGAUAUGAGAUUAUGCUGAGUCUUCAAAAUAUUUUGAGUGGGCUAGGAACUGCUGCCACAUCUUGCCACAGGGAUAUUUAUAAAGCUGCUCGAUCUUGCUUAACAGAUAGAUCCAUGGCUGUGCGUUGUGCUGCUGCCAAGUGUCUCCUUGAACUUCAGAAUGAGGCCAUCUUUAUGUGGAGUUCAGACCUGGACAGUGUGGCCACUCUGUGUUUUAAGUCUUUCGAGGGUUCCAAUUAUGAUGUGCGAAUUUCAGUUUCAAAAUUGUUGGGCACAGUAUUGGCUAAAGCUGUAAUUUUUAAACAUCUAGAAGCAGCAGCCUCACGUCAAAGCAUUCGCAGAGUAUCUCUGGAGGAAGUGUUCGAAUUACUAGGAACAGGGUUUCUACGUGGGAGUUCAGGAUUUCUUCGGGCCAGUGGCGAUAUGCUGAAAGGAACCAGUUCAGUCAGUAGAGAUGUUCGAGUUGGAGUUACUCAGGCUUACGUGGUGUUUGUUUCAACAUUAGGAGGAACAUGGCUAGAAAAAAAUUUUGCUGUCUUUCUUUCUCAUAUCCUAAGCCUUGUGUCACAGUCGCACCCUAAAGCCACCCAAACUCAUAUCGAUGCUAUCUGCUGUCGCCGGUGUGUUUCAUUUAUCCUCCGAGCUACCAUAGGAGGCCUUCUUGGAGAAAAGGCUCAGAUGGCUGCUGCAAAGGAUAUCUGUCAGGCCAUCUGGAAACAAAAGAAAGUUGUGGAUGCUGUAUUGAGUGAUGGUAAUUUGGAAACCCGGCCUGGUUCCACAGAUGUAUCAGCCAGCCAGCAUAUGUUAGUAUGUGCUUUACAAGAACUUGGAAAUCUUACAUGUAAUUUGGGUACCACUGCUGCCCCUUUGCUGCAGGACUCAAGUAUAGGCCUUCUUGACAGUGUCAUUUCAGUUGUUCUUCAUCCCAGCAUUUCUGUUCGACUAGCAGCAGCUUGGUGUUUACGCUGCAUUGCUGUCGCAUUACCUUGCUACCUAAUGCCUCUCAUAGAUCGCUGCCUUGAACGACUUGCUAUACUGAAGUCUUUGCCUGAAGCAGUAACUGGCUUUAGUUUUGCUCUGGCAGCUUUGCUGGGAGCAGUGAAACACUGUCCUUUAGGAAUUCCUCAUGGAAUGGGCAAGAUUAUCAUGGCAUUAGCAGAGGAUCUGCUGUGUUCUGCUGCUCAGAACAGUCGCCUUUCAGCUCAGCGCACACAAGCUGGAUGGUUGUUGAUCGCUGCUCUUAUGACACUAGGUCCUGCAGUUGUCAGUCAUCACCUUGCUCGAGUUCUGCUGUUGUGGAAGUGUGUCUUCCCAGCAUCUCCUAAAGACCUGGAAACAGAAAAGAGCCGAGGAGAUUCAUUUACAUGGCAAGUAACACUGGAAGGACGAGCUGGUGCACUCAGUGCUAUCAAGAGCUUUGUUUCUCACUGUGGUGAUCUCCUUUCUGAGGAAGUAAUUCAGCAUCUUCUUCUACCACUUCCUUGUGCUGUGGAUUUGUUAACCCAGCUUUCUUCUGUACUAAAGUCAUAUGGAAGUACCUUGAAAACACCAUCAGUGGUUUAUAGACAAAGACUUUAUGAACUAUUGAUUUUAUUACCUCCUGAAACCUAUGAAGGAGACCUCUGUGCUAUCCUCAGAGAGCUGGCUGCUGACCUAACUGCCCCUGAUGUCCAGGUGGCAGCAUCUUCGUUUUUACUUCCACCUCUUUGUCAUCAGGAUGAUCUUUUGAGGUUAAGUCCUUUGCUGCAAGAGACUGACCACAGAUUUAUUGAAGAACAGCUCCUGCUUGAUAAUGGGGUUUAUUGUGGAAGCCUGGACUAUGACCCUCAUUCCAUUUAUCAGAAGAAUGUAGAGGGAGAUUCUGUACCUAAGCCCCUACCUCCAACACUGUCAGUUAUUAGCUCUGCAGCUAAACUCUUCGGAUUUGUCUGUGCCCAUGCAGGAGAAACUCAGAGCCUUCUUAUAUUGGCACAGCUUUCAAACAGAAUAAAGCACACAAAAGGAGCUCGUCAGCAGAUAGUUCAGUUACAUGUUGUUUCUUCCAUUUCUAAUUUCUUGAAGUACAUGGCUGGCUCCAAGGGAAGAUUAUGUUCAGAAGAAAUGAGAAGACUUGCCCUAACGUUAGUGUUGGAAGCCCUGGAAAGUCAUAACCCCCUUUUGAGAUGUGCAGCUGCAGAGGCAUGGGCUAGACUAGCCCAAGUGGUUGAUGAUGGAGCUUUUACUACUGGAUUAGCUCAAGUUAGUUUUGACAAAUUGAAGUCAGCAAGAGAUGUAGUUACCAGAACAGGACACUCACUAGCUUUGGGAUCCCUGCAUAGGUAUCUGGGAGGAGUAAGUUCGCAACACUUGAAUUCUUGCAUUGGAAUCCUUUUUACUUUGUCUCAGGACAGCACAUCUCCUGAUGUGCAGACUUGGGCUCUACACUCGCUGUCACUUCUAAUUGAUUCUGCUGGCCCACUCUUUCAUGUGCAUGUAGAACCUGCCCUUUCUCUCAUUAUAAUGUUGCUGUUAAAUGUGCCUCCUACUUAUGCUGAAGUUCACCAAAGUCUUGGACGUUGUUUAAAUGCCCUUAUUACCACAUUAGGUCCAGAGCUACAAGUUAACAGUACUUCAGUUUCUACCUUGAGGACUUCUUGUCUGUUGGGUUGUGCAAUUAUGCAAGAUAAUCCAGACUGCCUUGUUCAAGCCCAGGCCAUCUCUUGCCUUCAGCAGCUUCAUAUGUUUGCUCCACGACAUGUCAACUUGUCUAGUCUGGUUAACUGUCUUUGUGUGAAUCUUUGUAGUCCGUAUUUGUUACUAAGAAGAGCAGUUCUGGCUUGUUUACGUCAGCUUGUACAGAGAGAAGCGGCUGAAGUUUCAGAAUAUGCUGUUAUGCUUGCUACAGAUGGCAGAGAAGACUUGACUCCAGAUGCUAAUAUCAGAGAAGUGGGCCUUGAAGGGGCAUUAUUGAUCUUACUAGACAAAGAGACAGAUCAGAGGUUAUGCCAUGAUAUCAAGGAGACUUUAAAUUACAUGCUCACAUCUCUGGCGGUGGAAAAACUCUCCCUUUGGUUAAAGCUUUGUAAAGAUGUACUUGCUGCAUCAGCUGAUUUUACAGCCGUAUCAUGUGUGGAUACAAUGCAAGAGGAAGAAGGAGAUAAAGGUGAUGAUUCCUCAGUCUUGACCACCAGAAGUAAUGAACAAUCUCAUCCUUUUACUAAUCCCCGAUGGGGCACUAGAGUCUUUGCUGCUGAAUGCGUCUGUAGAAUAAUUAACCAGUGUGAGAAGGCAAAUAGCGCGCAUUUUGACAUUGCAUUAGCACAAGAAAUGAAAAGAAGGGAUUCAAGAAAUGACUUCCUGGUGCUGCAUCUUGCUGACUUAAUUCGAAUGGCUUUUAUGGCUGCCACAGAUCACAGUGACCAGCUCCGUCUUUCUGGCCUUGAAACACUAUUAGUUAUUAUUCGGCGAUUUGCAGCUAUUCCAGAACCAGAGUUUCCAGGUCAUGUGAUUCUGGAACAGUAUCAAGCCAAUGUUUGCAGUGCCUGGAUUGCAAGUGGAGUUGUAAGUGACAUUAAUGAUCUUCGAAGAGUUUAUCAGUUGCUUGUUUCAUCAUUAACAAAAAUACAGGCUGGAAAAGAAGGUCUAAGUCGUUUGUACAGUGAAAGUGCUUCUACCAUGGAGAUUUUAGCUGUGCUAAAAGCCUGGGCAGAGGUCUACAUAAUUGCUGUACAAAGACAUAAAAACCACAAACAAACUUUGAAGACUGCCACCUAUUUAGAGGAUAGCGUUAAAGAUGGGUUGCACUCACCAGAUGGACUGCUUGACUUAGUGUGCACUGACCUUGGGACACUGAGCAGGCUCUGGCUUGCUGCACUUCACGAUCAUGCUCUCUUAUCUUUGCCUUCAGACUUUUCCUCCCAACUUCCUGUUGAAGGUGGCACUUUCUAUACAGCAGAGACGAGUGAAAAUGCAAAGCUGCAUUAUUGUAACUCAUGGGCCCUUAUCCUCCAUGCUACCGCACUGUGGCUUACAAACACAGGCUUUGUUGUUGCUGACCCAGAUGAAGGAGCAUCUAAUCUCUCAAGGCCUGUGACACCAACUUCCAUGUGUCAGGGUUCAUCAUCUGGGGCUGGAGUCAAGUCCCCUGAGGAAAUCUACACUGAUAGAUUCCAUCUGAUUUUAGGAAUCAGUGUGGAAUUUCUAUGUUCAUUACGCUCAGAUGCAACCAUGGAAAGCAUUACUGCUUGUUUACAUGCAUUACAGGCCCUUCUAGAUGUUCCCUGGCCCAGAUCUAAAAUUGGCAGUGAUCAGAACUUGGGUCUUGAGUUGCUGAAUGUACUGCAUCGAGUAAUUUUGACAAGAGAAUCACCUUCCAUUCAGUUGGCUUCACUUGAAGUGGUAAGGCAGAUCAUUUGUGCAGCUCAAGAACAUGUCAAGGAAAAAAGACGAAGUGCAGAAGUUGAUGAUGGGGCUACUGAAAAGGAAACUCUUCCAGAAUUUGGAGAGGGAAAAGACACAGGAGGACUUGUGCCUGGAAAGUCUUUGGUCUUUGCAACUUUGGAAUUGUGUGUAUGCAUUCUAGUUAGACAGCUCCCAGAACUAAACCCUAAGUUGACAGGUACUCCAGAAGUGAGAGCGACAAAGCCACAGAUUCUGUCCGAAGAAGGAAGCCAGUUGGUUUCAGCUGCAUUGGUUAUCCUCUCUGAACUUCCUGCAGUGUGCUCUCCAGAAGGAAGCAUCUCAAUUCUCCCUACUAUAUUGUACCUCACAGUUGGUGUCCUUAGAGAAACUGCUGUGAAAUUACCUGGGGGGCAGUUAUCCCCCACAGUUGCAGCUUCCCUCCAGGCUCUGAAAGGAAUAUUAUCUUCCCCCAUGGCCCGCGCAGAAAAGUGCCACUCUGCUUGGACAGACCUUCUCCGCAGUGCUUUAACAACAGUUCUUGACUGCUGGGACCCAGUCGAUGCAGCACAUGAAGAUCUUGAUGAAGUCAGUCUCCUGACAGCUAUCACAGUGUUUAUUUUGUCUACCAAUCCGGAAGUAACGACCAUCCCAUGCCUUCAGAAUCGCUGUAUUGAGAAAUUUAAAGCUACUCUUGAGAUAAAAAAUACCAUGGUACAAUUCAAGACCUAUCAGCUUCUACAUUCCAUUUUCCAGUAUCCAAACCCAGCCAUUGCAUACCCAUACAUUUACUCCUUAGCAUCUCUUAUUGUGGAAAAACUGCAGGAAAUAGACAAAAGAAAACCUGAAGAUGCCACUGAGCUUCAGAUCUUUCGAGAAGGCAUAAAAAUUUUGGAAGCAUUGGUUACCAUUGCUGAAGAGCAGCAUCGCUCUCAGCUGGUGGCCUGUCUCCUGCCUAUCCUCAUUUCCUUUCUUUUGGAUGAGAAUGCUCUCGCAUCAGCACCUUCAAUAAUGAGGAAUUUACAUGACUUUGCUUUGCAAAAUCUCAUGCAGAUUGGGCCUAAGUAUUCAUCAGUUUUUAAAAAUAUAAUGGCUUCUUCUCCAGCUCUGAAAGCCCGCCUGGAGGCUGCUAUAAAGGGCAAUCAGGAAAGUGUCAAAGUCAAGUUACCAUCAUCAAAGUAUACUAAGCACUCUGGAAAGAAUUCAAGCAUCCAAUUAAAGACCAAUUUCCUCUGAUUUUACUUGUUUUUGGAAUAGCAAGCACCUUAAUACAAUACUUGAUCAUUUCCUUCUCUUUGGGGACAAAGGGAAAGUUUAGACUCAAGUGCACUUGCAGGUCUAGUUGAUUGUUUUAAAUAGCUGUGACUUUGAAAUUGACAGCAAACUUAACAUUUUCUGGAAUGUUUAUUCCACUUAAUUAGGCAAUAGAGCUGUCAGAACUUUAGCCAGAAAUUUCAAGAAUGUGCUAAAGAAUUAAAUUUACUAAAUAAUUUGCUACUUUAAAAAUGGAUUUCUUCUGUCAGCCCAUAUCCAUGUCGUAUACUUAGUUCUUGACAGAUCCAGAUUUCACUCAAGUAUAAAUGAUCUGCACAUAGAUUGUAUCCUGGUCACUAAUAGAAGACCAGCCACAGGCCCAGGCUGUAGCUCAGCAGCACAGCACCUGCUUGGCAAGUGCAGGGUCCUGAGCUCUAUUCCUGGUAUCCCCAAAAAAUUUUUUCAAAGUAAGAGAAGAUUCUGCCUUAUUCAGUAAUAUUAUUAAACUUUGGGCUUAUCCAACAAGAUUAAUAAUUGGAAUGCUUGAAUUAUAAUUAUCCAACAUAUUAUGGUAAAAUUUAAUUGUAGCACUACAGUUUGACAUAGAGUUCAUGCCCAUAAGUAGGACUUUAUACCAUCUUUUGGGUUAGCUUGCAUUUUCACUAUUUCUGAAAUGAAUUUUCUGUUAACACUAUUACAAACAUUUAUGGCAAACAUUUAUUUUGAUGAGUUUAUUAUAGAUCAUAUCUAUAUUGUAUUUAAUCAACUGUGGGUUUAUAUAAAUGCCGUAUUUAUACAGCAAACUUAGAUCAUCAAAGACUACAAGUAUUUUUUUAAUAGGGAACAUAUUUUAAUACAGAAAAAAGCUAAUGAUAGGGUCAUUGUUUAAAAAUAUUUUUUAACUGUGUUUGUGAUCCUUGACUCUUCCUGCACUUCAGUGUUAUACUGUGAAUCAAACAGUAUGUAAAGCAUUUCCCUGUUAAAAAUUAGAAACUGAAGUAACAGGCAUGUUCAGAAUUGAGAAGACACAUUGAUUUACGCAAGAGCAAUGUAAUGUACUCUAUUUUAUUAUGUGUGUAUAUAUUCUUGUAAAUUGUUCAGAAUGGAAACAUUUGAAAGAUUUAAUACUAUAAUCAGU